AUGUCGACACGGUACGAGGAUGAGAAGAUAUCCGCCCAUGACGCGACGGCCCAGCUGUCGGAGCACCGCACAAAACCUGGGGGAAUCGCCGCGAAUCUCAGUCCUGAGAAGAGAAUGCAGGUUGAGAAGUCACUGAAGCGCAAGCUGGACGCGAGAUGCUCGUUGUUCGUCUUGAUCUACAUCAUGAACUAUCUCGACCGAAACAACAUUGCCGCAGCACGUCUGGGUGGGCUAGAAGAAGACCUCGGCCUUAGUCCUACACAAUACUCGACGUGCCUCAGUAUCCUCUAUGUUGGCUACAUCUUGAUGCAGGUCCCAUCAAAUAUGAUCAUCAACGUGAUUUCUCGCCCAUCAAUCUACAUUGCUGCAGUCAUGCUGCUCUGGGGAAUGAUAAGCACAUUGAGUGGCAAUGUCAAUAGCUUCGGAGGCAUGGUUGCGAUUCGCUUUUGCAUCGGAUUUGUGGAAGCCGCUUUCCUACCAGGAGCCUUGCUGAUCCUGUCAAAGUGGUAUACUCGUCGUGAGCUUGCCCUGCGGAAUGCCAUAUUAUUCUGCGGCAAUCUCAUCUCCAACGCUUUCUCGUCCCUAGUCGGCGCAGCUGUCUUGGGCAACAUGGAAGGCACUCUCGGUCACGAAGCCUGGCGCUGGCUAUACUGGGUUGAAGGAGCUGCUACCAUGGCCAUAGCCAUAGCUGCUGCAUUCAUUCUUCCGGAUUUGCCGCACAACACGCGCGGUUUCACCGAAGAAGAGCGCGCUGUUGCUGUCCUGCGCAUGACUGAAGAUGUUGGCGAAGCUGACAAAGAUUCCGAGGAGCAAUCAGCCUUUGCCGGCCUCUUCAUGGCUGUCAAGGAUGUCAAAAUCUACGUCUUGUCAAUCACCUUCAUUGCCUAUGUCUUGGGCCUCUCGUUUAACAGCUAUUUUCCAUCACUUACAAAGACGCUGAAUUUUGGGAAAACCGAGACGCUCCUACUAAGUGCCCCUCCGUGGAUCUUGUCGUGUUUCGUCAGUCUAGUGAACGCAUGGCACUCGGAUCGCCAGCAGGAACGCUGCUGGCACAUCAUUGGACCGGUCCUCGUUGGCAUCGUCGGAUUUAUCAUCUCCAUGGCAACUUCGAAUACAGCAGCACGCUACGUGGCGUUGUUUUUGCAAAGCUCGAGUUACGCUGGUUUUAUCGUGGUGUACUCGUGGAUAUCAUCCUCAUUCCCACGACCACCGGCCAAGAGGGCCGUAGCGAUUGCUAUGAUCAAUGCUCUCAGUCAAAUUGGAAACAUCUGUGGCUCUUAUGUGUGGAAUAUGACGGACAAUGGAUACAGGAACAGCUACGGUGUAGUGACAGCCAUGUUUGGUGUGACGAUUAUUGGAUGUCUCAUUUUCAGAGCCAUGCUCAUCCGACUAAACAAGAGGCUGGACGAGGGCAUCGAUACAUGGGUUGUUCACGGUGAUGUUGCGGAGCAGACUGCCGCCACUGAGGGUGUGAAUCUCGAGGAGGGCAUGAAGAUCAUGGCUGGAUAUAGGUAUAUGACCUAG